AUGGCUGGCAGUGGCUCUGUUACCGGCGUCAAGGCUGCUGGACCCGAUGUCUCGAAGCGACAACAAUACUUUGCCUUUGGACUCGUUACCUCCCUCUUCUUCCUGUGAGUAUGCUUCGGUAGGGCUCGCUGACGAUGCCGAACGAACAGCUCCUGACCGAGACGCGCUCUCGUCCUGGUCCGAUUCUCUACAGCUGGGGGUUCUCUUACGGUCUCCUCGAUGUGUGAGUAUGACUCAAAAGGCUUUUCCGGGUAGAUCUUAUUUCGAAAAGCUGACCUUCAGAUUGUAUGCCACGCCACGCAGCCUUAACAAGCAUUUCCAGACAUUCUUCGGCAUCACCAAGCUCCAGUCGACGAUGAUUCAGGUCGCCUACUUCGGUGCCUACGUUGUCUACUCACCCGUUUGCGGUCAAUUCAUCUCCAAAUUUGGCUACAAGAAAGGUAUCUACAUGGGUCUUGGGCUCUACUGCAUCGGCGCGCUCGGUUUCUGGCCCUCGGCCAAGUUCCAGAAGUACGGUGGCUUCGUCGCGUCGGCUUUCAUCAUCGCGUGCGGUCUCGCCACACUCGAAGUCUGCGCCAACUCUUACGUCACCGUCCUCGGCUCGCCUGAACAAGCCGCUUUCCGCCUCAACUUCUCGCAAUCUUUCAAUGGUCUGGCGUCGUUCGUGGGCCCAUUGAUCGCGUCUAAGUUUUUCUUCGGCGACGAGAAGGCGCAGAACUCGCUCGGCGCCGUCCAGUGGGUGUACCUCGCCGUCGCCUGCAUGGGUGCUUCCGUCAUGGUCCUCUUCUCCUUCGCGACGCUUCCCGAGAUAUCUGAAAAUGACAUGAGUGAGCAGCAAGCCGCCGCCGGUUACGUCGAUGACCGACCACUCUACAAGCGCCGCCACACCGUCUUCGGCUUCCUCACGCAGUGGAUGUACGUCGGUGCCCAGGUCAACGUCGCGACCUUCGCCAUCAAUUACCUCACCGACAAGAACGACUUCACAACCUCGCGCGCCUCGCAGCUCUUCGGAUUCAUGCAAAUCACCUUCAUGGUUGGUCGCUUCGCCUCGACCCCUCUGUUGCGCAUCUUCAACCCUGCCACUAUCUUGGCUGUGUACGGUGCGAUGUGCUCCAUCUUCACGCUCAUCGCAACGCUCAAGGGUGGCAAGACCGGUCUCGCUUGCUUGUUCAUCGUCUUCUUCUUCGAGUCGGUGUGCUACCCGACGACUUUCACCCUGGCGACGUGCAACCUCGGCAAGUGGACCAAGCGAGGUGGUUCGCUCAUCGUGAUGGGUGUAGGUGGAGGAGCCAUGUUCCCCCCGAUACAAGGCGCGAUAGCCGAUCACAAGGGUACCCAAGUUUCCUAUAUUAUUCCUUUCAUUGGGUUCCUCUGCGUCUUUGCGUACGGUCUCGGCAUGCGCUGGUACCUGGCCAAGUUCGACAACCUCGUUCCUAACCUCGAUACGGCGAUCCCGAUGCUCGGCCGCAUCGACUCUGACAAGGCGUCGACCGAAGUGAAGGCCGAACCAACUGAAUUUCGUCUAUAG